AAAGCUGGCAGGGCUUAUUUGCAUACAGUGCAGUUCACAUUUAUAAAUACAUAUCAAAAUGAAGGUGGGACUCGUAUUUGGGGUCAUAUUUUUAUUACGGGGUUGCAACGGGGCUGGAGGUCCAUCUGAUGACCCGAUAGCAGUCACACCCCCAAAUCUGCCAGGGGGUGAAAUUGCAUGUGAUGCUCCACCAGGACCAUUUUUUGUCGACUUUUCGCCACCUUUCCCCACUGAUGCUUGGUGGAGUGGAUUCACUGUGACAAAUCAAGAUGCGAACGUCGCAGGACCUUUCCCCUACCAAUCGGCAACCUCAAACACCGGUCUCACAUUCGGAAUCGGUGACAACCGUGAGUUUGACGGAGCAUCUGUCAAAGUCCCGACCCAAGUCGAUUGGACUGCAAGUAUCGCUGAUCUUCCGAACGCUUUGAACAACAGAAAAGCCACUGCUUGGGAUACCCAAACUGUAUGUUUGCAAUAUUUCAAUGGACAAGGGGCAACUAUGGACACCUGCCUCAUUCCGGGGUCACCCUACAUGACCUUCGUUUUCCGAAAUGCUGGCAUCGUUCUCACCUCUGGAGGUGGAACAAUCACUGAAUUCCUUUGGGUCACACCUGGUCAGCGAGCUCGCGUAACUUUGCAGAAUGGGGUAUAUUACACCCUCUACGUUGUCGAGGGUACUGCCGACCUUACCGCGGCAGGCACCACGAUUACAUCCCCACCCGGUACGUCCGCCACUAUUCGGCUGUCCAAGGUAAAAGCUUUAGGACAAGAGGCAGUGUUGGAUGCUUAUUCUACAACUUACGCCACCGGGCUAGAUUUCCGUUACAACGUGCAAGGAAACGUCGCUACCACGACUUGGACAUGGGACGUUGUCGGUGAUCCCAGCCAGCUCCUCAUUCUUAGUUGGCCUCACCAUCGCGAACUUUUACAAGGCGGUCAGUUUGUUAACAUCGAAUACCUGACUUUGAAGGGACCCAUGCGAGGCGUUCUCGGAAAUGUAUGGAUCCAACAGUACGAACUUCCCACGAUCUCCUGGUUCGCCGAAGCCCCAAUCCAUGCCUCGUGUCUGGCCGAGCUGACCAAAACUCUGGAGGCAGAAGUCAACUCACUCACGGUCAUGAUUCCUGGAGACUUUUACUUUUGGGGUGGAGCCUUCGGUCGCGCGUCACGACUCGCCCUGAUCGCCGAACAGAUUGGUCGCCCUGAUCUCAUCACGAGAGUUGUCGACAUUUUGAAGGAAAGUUGCAACUAUUGGUUUGACCCUGCGCACACACCUGCCGCCGCGUUCGAGACGGGAUGGGGUGGAUUCAUUAACAAGGAAGGCUGGAACAAUACGUGGGUCGAUUUUGGAAAUGCGUAUUACAAUGAUCACCACUUUCACUACGGUUAUUUACUCUACGGAGCUGCCGUCAUUGGAAAGUAUGACCCAGCCUGGCUCAAUCAAAAUAUGGACUUUAUGAUGCAUGUUGCUCGCGACGUUGGCAACCCGUCCCCCAACGAUCCCCACCACACCGUCACCCGCCACAUGGACUUUUUCGCAGGACACUCAUGGGCCUCCGGAAUUGCAAACGGUGCCGGACCUCGCGACCAGGAAUCUUCCGGGGAAGCGAUUAACGGCUACUACGGUCUCCUCCUUUUCGCCCACGCCGUCAACAACCAGGCCUUGAUUGACUGGUCUAGAUUCCUCUUGGCUAUGGAAAUCAAGGGGGCUCAAGUGUACUGGCAUCUGUACCCGAACAGAGCCCCGGACGCGUCACCCUAUCCGGAACAACCCUUCCGAGAUUUGACCACGGUCGGUAACGUGAUGGACUGGCAGACGGGGGCCUGGUUGUUCUGGGGGGAUCAGAGGACGCAAAUUGCUGCCAUUCAAAUCCUUCCAUUAACGCCGAUAGGACAAGUUACCUACGACCGGGAGUGGAUGGAGGGUGUCGUCCCCUAUUGUCAAGUAGAGUUGGACGAUGUCACGAUUGGAGAUGCGUUCAAAUCGGUGAUUUACGCUGCCUAUGCUAAAGUCAACCCGCAAGAAGCGUAUGCCUACUCUUCAAGGUUGUUUGAUUGGGGAACGGGAAAUUCGGCUUCAAAUCAGCUCUACUUCGUCGCCACUCAAGCCUCGGGCGCGGAUAUCUGCUCCGCCGCUCAACAAACUCCAGAAGGACUUUUCACCAUUCAAGACGCCGCAACAGGACUGUUCGUCACUGCUGAAGGAAACGGAAAUCUCGCCGCAACUACGAGUGCAGAUGUCCUGGCGUCCAAAUUCGUGUUGGGAUUCACUCCAGGUGGUGGAACCAUCCAAGUCCUCUCCUCCGAACUGUUCGUCACUGCUUCUCCCAAUGGAGACAUGCCCAUCACCGCUGCUCGAGAAACCGUCGGCUCUUACGAAGUAUUUAGAUGGACCCCUCAAGCCGAUCAGACUUACACCUUGACCGCCAUGGUGAACCGAGCCGAGGUCACCACCUCUGCGGGAGAAGGUCAACUCAUCAACAAUGCCAAUUCCACUAAUGGCAUUCCUGCCGGAAGGUACCGUCUCGUCCCCACUGACAACGCUCCUCCCGUCGACCUCCCUCCCACGGCGACAAUUCGGUCCGUCGAAAACACCAGAUACGUCGUCGCCACGGCCGGAGCUCCCACGCUGAUGACGACUUCACCCGACGUUGGUGGUGCGACGAGAUGGGCGUUCGCCAAGGUGGAAGAAAGCCCAGAGGCCUCGCCCUACUACACCAUUCAGAAUUUGGACACGCAACAAUACGUGACUGGAAAUAUGGCCGGAACGGUCCCACUUUCUGCCACGGCGCCAGCUCCUCAAGCAUGGGAACACUUCCAAGUCGUUGCUUAUCAAGGGUCUUACAUCUUAAUUCAUGUCGCGAGUGGUCAUCCCGUCGCGUCGCAGGCGGACGAUACCCUGAUUGAUAAUACCACCACGAUAAACGGGUCGACAUUGUGGGCAAUUGCGGCAUAGUGGGAAAAACAAUUAAGAAUUAAUUAUCGUCAUAUUUAAUAGUAAUAAAGUUAUUGAGAAAAUA